CCGGUUCCGGUGGCUGCUGGGCUGGGUGGCGAGGGGGAGGCAGCAGGCGAAGGAGCGAGCGAGUCAGACACUCGGACCGGCGCAGACUCCGCCGCCCAGAGCCGCCGCCCGGGGACUGAGUCAGCAGCAGGGAGAAAAUGAAAGCAGGCUGCAGCAUUGUGGAUAAGCCAGAAGGAGCAGGAGGCUAUCACUUCCCAGAGUGGGCAUACAAAACUGAAUCAAGCCCCGGCUCCCGUCAGAUCCAGCUCUGGCACUUCAUCCUGGAGCUGCUGCAGAAGGAGGAGUUCCGCCAUGUCAUCGCCUGGCAGCAGGGCGAGUAUGGGGAGUUUGUGAUCAAGGAUCCAGAUGAAGUGGCACGUCUGUGGGGCAGGAGGAAAUGCAAACCACAAAUGAACUACGAUAAGCUGAGCCGGGCCCUCAGAUAUUAUUACAACAAGAGGAUUCUUCACAAGACAAAAGGCAAAAGGUUUACCUACAAGUUCAACUUCAACAAGCUGGUGAUGCCCAACUAUCCAUUUAUUAACAUACGGCCCAAUGGUGUUGUCCCACAGAGUGCCCCACCCAUCCCCACCGCUUCGUCCCGUUUCCAUUUCCCACCCUUGGACAGCCACUCUCCCACCGAGGACGCCCAGCCCAGCCAGUUCUCUGGUGGAUCCCUGGGGCCAUCCACCCAGGAGCCUCUGAAUGACAGCGGUGACAGGAAGCCUGACGUGCCGGAGUUGGAGGAUGUCUCUUCAGAUUGGCGGCGUGGCGUGGAUCUCAUGGCUUCUCGGAAUGCAGUGGGCCCUGGGAGCAUCAAUAAUCAAAAGCGCAAGCCAGAGGUCAUGCUGCCUGUCUUCACGAGGCCUGGGAUCUACCCGGAUCCUCACAGUCCUUUUGCCGUGUCCCCUCUUCCAGGACGCGGUGGGGUCUUAAAUGUCCCAAUCUCGCCUGCCUUGUCUUUGACUCCGACCCUCUUCUCCUACAGCCCCUCACCAAGUCUCAGCCCCUUCACAGGUAGCAGCUGCUUCUCUUUCAACCCUGAGGAAAUGAAACACUACCUGCAUUCGCAAGCCUGCUCAGUCUUCAACUAUCACCUGAGCCCGCGGACUUUCCCCCGCUAUCCGGGGCUCAUGGUCCCACCACUACAAUGCCAGAUGCAUCCCGAAGAGCAGCCCCAGUUCCCGAUCAAGCUACAGCCUCCACCCGUGGGACGGAAGAACAGAGAGAGACUGGAAAGCACUGAAGAGGCAACUGCCCCCCAGCUAGCUCCUGCUUCACCCAGGGUUAAGGUUGAGCCCAUAGCGGACAAGGAGCUUGAGAGUGAAGAACCACCCGCCAAAGGGAAGGACAAAAGGGAGGAGGAGGAGGAAGGGCCUGGCAUGGUGAUGCCAAACACCAGCCUGGAAGGAGAGAAGGGUGCUGUAUUUGCCAGGCCAGCUGUCCCAUCCUGGCCCUCAGCACCACCAGCACCUACCCGAAUAAACUUCCCCACCGAAGAAUCUCAGGGGCAAGGGGAAGGAGGUGGAGAGAAGCCAUCCAGAGAGCCGGUGGGAGACACCGGAGUGCAGGAAAAGAGAGAGGAUGCCCUGAUGCCACCAAAACUGCGUCUGAAACGUCGUUGGAAUGGUGACCGGCAGGCUGAAGCCCCUGAGGAGCACCAGAACGGGAAGCUGCACUGGAAUGGCGUACUGGGUGCCUCACACCUUAUCCCACCACCCAAGGCAGUGACAGCCACAGCUGCAUCAGACACCUAGAAACUAACUGGAAAGCGCUACAGUCUGUUUGUAUUAGAAUCCAUGUAUUUAUGUAGCAAAGUUGCAGAGGGGCGGGGGUGGGGGACUAGAAUGGUUUGAUAAUUCUAGGGACUAGGACUUUGGUUUUUUGUUUUGUUUUAAUUUGUUGAAUCGAAGGUGAGACUCUGCUUGUCCUGGUUAGGAGAGGGAGACGCUAACCUCUUCUGUGCGUGAAGUCGAGACCUUGCGCAAACUCCAGGAAGACCAAGCCACAGUCUCUCCAGUGAGGCUUAUGAACUCCAGACAUAAUUUACUUUAUAUUCUCUAGUAUUUAUAGAAGCAGGAAUCUGAAUAUAGUUUCUUUUUAUGGCUUCGGGUGCGGCAGUGGAAAAGAUUUCCUAAACAGUUCAAUCGGAGAUGCGAUUUUUUUUUUUUUUGUCGGCAUCACGAGCUGUCGCUCUUUUCAGCAGUUUGGCGGACAGGAAUUUUGCACUGUCUUUAAAUUGAAACGGAGAUUGCAGAAAGACAAACACAAAAAACCAAAACAGCUUGGCGUCAGUAGGAGGAAGCUGCUGAAAACUCAGCAGUCAGUGGUUUUUGAGUCAAGCUGUAUUUCUGACAAACAACUCUCAUUAAGACUUGAAGACGCAAUGGUUGUUCUUUCAGCCUUCUUAAAAUAUUGAAAAAGCCAUGAGCAAUUGUCAAAUCUUUCAGGGAAGGGAGUAGUGGAGUGGGAAAUAUAACCUAAUGCCUUUAAUAGAAUGCAUUAAAAUAUA